CCAGCAAUGUUAUAAAUACAUCAUCAUCUCUAACCUUCUUUCUUCAGUAAUAGCUAUACUGCCUCUCUCCCACUUUUCAUCAUAAUUAGUUGGAGUGAUCUGCAGAUAUGGUCUCAGAGCAGUCUCCACCCCCUCCUCCUCCAAAGGAAGUUGGUGAAUACGAAUUAAAAGAGUGGGCAAGAGAAAAUGAAGAGUUGGAAGAUCAGGGUCCUCCCCGUGAAGCAAAAUGGUGGUAUUCAGCUUUUCACACUGUCACUGCCAUGGUUGGUGCUGGUGUUCUCAGCUUGCCUAAUGCCAUGGCCUACUUGGGAUGGGGUCCAGGAACAUUCAUUUUAGUACUGUCAUGGUGCAUAACCUUGUUCACAAUUUGGCAAAUGAUAGAGCUUCAUGAAAUUGUUCCUGGAGGGACUCGUUUCGAUCGUUACUACCAACUCGGUCAGCAUGCCUUUGGACCGAAACUAGGACCAUGGGUAGUUCUACCACAACAGCUUAUAGUGCAGGUAGGUUGUGAUAUAGUGUACAUGGUGACUGGAGGAAAGUGUCUCAAGAAGUUCAUGGAGAUCGCCUGCACCGAUUGCACCAGGCUUAAACAGUCUUACUGGAUUUGCAUCUUUGGUUCCAUUCAUUUGUUCCUCUCUCAACUUCCCAAUUUCAAUUCCGUUGCCGGUGUUUCCUUAGCGGCCGCCAUUAUGUCACUCAGUUAUUCAACAAUAUCUUGGGUGGCGUGCUUGAGCAAAGGUCAAGUUAAUAAUGUGAGCUACGGGUAUAAAAAUACCACACCGGCUGAUAACAUGUUUAGGGUGUUCAACGCAUUGGGGCAGAUCUCUUUCGCAUUUGCUGGUCAUGCCGUUGUUCUUGAAAUUCAGGCUACAAUUCCGUCAACUCCCAGUAAACCUUCCAAAAUACCGAUGUGGAAAGGUGCAAGAACUGCGUAUUUUAUUACAGCAAUUUGCUACUUCCCCGUUGCUAUGAUUGGUUACUGGGCAUUUGGGCAAGAUGUGGAAGAUAACCUGCUUUUAGCCUUAAAACGACCAGAAUGGCUUAUAGCCGCUGCUAACAUGAUGGUUGUCAUUCAUGUCAUCGGUAGCUACCAGGUGUAUGCCAUGCCAGUAUUUGACAUGAUCGAGAAUAUAUUCGUGAAACGACUCAAAUUUCAGCGAGGAUUCCCACUUCGACUUGUCACUCGAUCUACUUACGUUGGUCUUACACUGUUCUUUGGUGUAACAUUCCCAUUUUUUGGUGACCUUCUUGGAUUCUUUGGAGGAUUCGGCUUCGCCCCAACAUCUUAUUUCCUUCCAUGUAUAAUGUGGCUGGCAAUCAAGAAACCAAGAAUAUUCAGUCGGUCAUGGUUUAUUAAUUGGGGAUGCAUAGUUGUGGGAAUGUUUAUGAUGUUUGCGUCAACAAUAGGAGGGUUACGAAAUAUUAUCGUCGAUUCCUCUACGUAUAGUUUUUACUCUUAGUAGUGAUAAGAAACUGAGACAACAAUCUAAGGGUUGUAAUAUGUACCACACUUAUCAAGUAAUGAUAUAUAUAUUAUCGUGGAUUCCUCUAAGUAAUGAUAUAAAUAUUAUCGUCGAUUCCACACUUAAAAA